CUUAGUUGUUGUCCACGAGUCUGUAUGGUCUUAAGAAUAUCCUCAAUUCUUGCUCAUCUGUCAACGAGUAGCUCUCAUGUUGAUUUUAGAAAGAUGAUAGAAAAGGCAGGGAAGGAAAUGCUUCCAAUUUCUGAUCCAUCACAUUCCUACCCUUCGUCUCGCGUUCACGCGAGACGCGUUAAGUAAUUACUUUUCUUAUGCCACAGAAACAUCUAUAUCUCCUUUCCUUUCCUUUCCAUUCCUUCUUCUGUCUUCUAUGAUCGUUAUUGUUUCCAUUGUAUUUUACUUCCAUUGUAUUUCAAAUCUUUACAGUUAUAGACAUGGUAUCCAGUCGAUCAAAAUCCGGUAUACAUCAGAACUCAAAGAAACGAAAGGUUAGGUCCACUACAACCAGUACCAAACCCAUUCAAGAGUUAUUGCGGAACUUCAAGCCUUCGCAACUACGCAAAGUUAUUGACGAGGCAUUGAAUAAUGGCAAUAUUACCAAAUCCAUACGCGAUAUUCAUGCUCGAUCGUCAAGAAAACUUCUGAUUGAAGACCAUUCAGAGCCACUGGUUGCGGAACAAAUAGCAAUUGAUGACGAAGUGCUUGAGAGCAUCGAAAAAUCCCCAACCAAAUUGAGGCAGUACGCUCCCGUCUCAGCACCAAAGGACCUGUCUGUGACUGCCACUAAUGGCAAUCUACCCACUCCGGAAUGUUCCCAGGAACCUAAGGAGAUACCCAUGACCCCCGAGCCUUGGAUGACCCCCGAGCCACAACCCAAUGCUCAACCAUCUCCUCUUCCAGAGGCAGAACAAUACAUCCCUCCACCAGUUCAAUUUACAACUUGUAACUGCCGGUCUGGAUGUACUUCCACCCGCUGCAAAUGCUUUAAAUCCGGACGAGGCUGUUCGCCCUCUCCUUCCUCUGGCUGCAAAUGCGAUUCUUGUGUCAAUAUGCUCAACGACUUAAGUACCUUUUUCGGAUCCCCCAAAUCCUCUGAUCCUCCUGUCUCAGCUAGCCCCGACUUUCUAAAAUGGAUUCGAAAAGAGUCGAGAAAUGGAAGGUUCGAUUUGAUUCAUCCGGAUACAAUAGAAGAACUGAGAAGCAUGUUGAUGGGAGUGGAAUAUAGCGAUAUGACAUCUCCACCCCAAUUUCCCGCUUUCUCAGGAAAACUUAGAGGCAUCGGAAAAGCGUGGAUGAAGUCUAAUAUCACGGAUGAAGAGAGAGAAGAUAUGAAGAAAGAGUUAUUUAAAGAGGCUUUCGGGGUCGCAGGAUCAAAAGAUACGAAGAACGAUUAUUGGUGCUUUUGUAGGAAUGAAUGGAAACAAAGUAUCUUGUGGGAAUAUUGUACAAAGUGCGACGAGUGUAGAGAUACGAGGGAGUGGCAUUGUGGAGAAUGUGGGAAUAGGAAUAUUGGGAAGGGGUGUGAAUGUCAGAAGGGUUCCAAACGAAGGAGACCACAUCAAGGAGCCACUUGCGCCGUUAUUCUUCCUCAAUAAUACAUUAGAGUGUGUUGAGGGAGAUGGCCUCAGGAAAGCGGAUGAUUGGAAAAGGAAGGGUGUUAAUUGACAUAGCUGGAAUCUGUAACUAAACGCCGUUGAUGGUCUGGAGAGUUUACUUUUCACUCUAUUAUUGAGACCUAGAGUUGGUGGUAGAUAGACUAUUGAUGGGUAUUUAGAGGAUAUAGAAAUUCAGGCGCUUGGCACUGAUGGAGAGGUAGUUAUAUUAGCAGUGUAUUAUCAUUAUU